GUCUCUGUGAAAAAAAAACAAAUCAUGUUGACAUUGUCGAUUUGUAUUUAUUGAAUAUACAAAUACAACGACAACGAACAAAAAAAAAAAAAAAUGUCAUCAUUUAAACUAAUAAAUUUUGAUUCACUUUGUGGUGCUAAACAUUGGAAUCAAACAUUAUCAUGGUAUACUGAUCAUAAUCCUGAUUUUACAUAUUGUUUUGAAGAAACAUGUCUACUAUGGACACCAUGUUUAAUUUUAUUCAUUUUUACCUGUUUUCAAAUGAUAAAUUUAAGAAAAAAAUCUACAAAAAAAUUUCCAUCAAUACAUCAACCAUCAAUCAAUCCAAUAAUACCAUGGAAUAUAUUUAAUGUGGCAAAUUUGAUUAUUUGUACAAUAUUAAUCAUCAUAAAUAUUGUCGAACUGGUCAACAUAAUCAUAUGGAAUAAUUCAUAUUUGUUUACAAUAAAACCAAUUGAUUGGCUAAGUCCUUCUAUAAAGAUUAUCACAUUGCUUUAUUUGAUAUACAUACUACUAUUGUUUCGUCGUAAUGGUGUUUAUUCUUCUGGUGCGGUAUUUAUUUUUGUCCUAUUAUUUGCCAUAUAUCAUUUGAUCAAUUUUCGUACAAUUUUAUUGGCCAUUUUUACUGAUGAUAGCAUCUAUUAUGUUGAAAUCAAUUAUGUUCAAUACAUAUGUCGUACAUUGGCUACUUUAUUGGCAAUAUUUCAUCUAUUAUUCAACUGUUUUAGUUAUCCGGAACCAAAAACAACAACAACAACAACAUCAUUCAAUAAUGAUCACAAGCAUUUCAAUAAUAAUAAUAAUAAUAUUGAGGAAAAAGAUCCACUUUCUAGUGGUUACCGUAACUAUAUUCAUCCAUAUCAUCAAAAACAUCAGACAAAUAAUCAAUCAAAUAUUAAUCCUUGGUUUCAUGCUGGAUUUUUAUCGCGUAUCACUUUCUGGUGGUUCAAUCCAAUAAUUUGGAUGGGUUAUCGUCGGCCAUUAGUUGAACGUGAUAUUUUCCAAUUAGAUCAUGAAAAUCGUACGGCUGAAAUUCUUCGAAAAUUUCAAAAAAAUAUAGAUCAAUAUAAAUGGCGUGAAUUGAAUGAACAAUUAACAGCGCAGGAUAAUAAUGGAUAUGAACAACCGGUUAAUGAUAAACUUAAAACAAACAUCAAUAUUGGAUGGAUUAUACUAAGAUCAUAUUGGCCAGUGAUUACAUUCUGUGCAGUGUUGAAAUUAUUGGCAUCCGCAUUGACGUUUGUCAAUCCAACCAUUUUGGAUUAUUUAAUCAGCUUCAUCAGUUCAAACAAUGAGCCAUAUUGGCAUGGAUUUUUCUACGCAUCAUUAAUGUUUAUAUCACCGGCAUUAGAAUCAAUCAUGAAUAAUCAAUAUGAAUAUUGGAUUAGUAUUGUUGUUUUAAGAGCUCGAAUUUCAAUCAUUUCCACUAUCUAUAAAAAAAGUUUACGAAUGUCAAAUUUAAGCCGUUCUCGAUAUUCAAGCGGUGAAUUGACCAAUAUUAUGUCAGUUGAUUCGGAACGUAUAACCGAGUUUUUAGUUGUUGCCAAUAUGUUAUGGUCGGCACCAUUUCAGAUUGCCAUUGCUUUCUAUAUGUUGUGGCAACAGGUACAAAUUGCAUCGAUGGCCGGUUUUAGUUUUAUGAUCAUUCUAUUACCAUUAAAUGGAUUGAUUAUGAAAAAAAUACGAACAUUUCAGAUACAGGUGAUGAGACAGAAAGAUAAACGAACAAAAUUGAUGAACGAAAUACUUAGCGGCAUGAAAGUUUUAAAACUUUAUGCAUGGGAAAAUUCAUUUCAAACAAUGAUCACAAAACUUCGUGAUUGGGAAUGUCGUCGUUUAUAUAGUGUAACAUUAUUCAGUGGUUUCAUUACAUUUGCAUUUACGGCCGCACCAUUUUUAUUUGGUUUAUUAACAUUUGCCACCUAUGUAUUGAUGGGAAAUGUACUGGAUCCAAACAAAGCAUUCGUUUCAUUAUCAUUAUUCAGCAUUAUGCGUGCACCACUUGGAUUAUUGCCAAUGUUAUUAACGAAUGGUGUACAAUCUUGGGUAUCGAUGACACGUGUAAAUAAAUAUCUAAAUACAGAUGAAAAAGAUGAACGUUCUGUAAAAAAAUUACCAGAUGAAGAAUGUUCUGUACGAAUUCGAAAUGCAACAUUUACCUGGUCACCAGAAAGUCCAGCAACAUUGAAGAAUAUAAAUUUGAAUAUUAAACGUGGAAAAUUAAUCGCUAUUGUUGGUACUGUUGGAUCGGGUAAAUCAUCACUUUUGAGUUCAAUUCUGGGUGAUAUGGACAAAUUACGUGGAUAUAUCAAUGUAGAUGGCCGUUUAGCAUACGUACCACAACAGGCUUGGAUCCAAAAUCAGACAGUCAGAAAAAAUAUUACGUUCUCUUUGCCAUACAGUGAACAGAAAUAUAAAAAAAUUUUGAAAUCAUGUUGUUUGGAAGCCGAUAUGAAAAUAUUGGCUGCAGGCGAUCAAACUGAAAUCGGUGAACGUGGUAUCAAUUUAUCUGGUGGUCAAAAACAACGAAUAUCAUUAGCUCGUGCUGUAUAUUCAAAUGCUGACAUUUAUAUCCUGGAUGAUCCGUUAAGUGCUGUGGAUGCAAAUGUUGGUGAUAAAUUAUUCAAGAAUGUGAUUGGCAAUAAAGGAUUACUUUGUAAUAAAACAAGAAUAUUGGCCACACAUCGUGCAAUGAUAUUGCCAGAAGUGGAUGAAAUAAUUGUAAUGAAAGAUGGUGUAAUUUCCGAACGUGGAACCAUGAACGAAUUGAUGAAUAGUCAAGGAGCUUUUGCUGAAUUCAUCAAUGAAUUUAUGGAUGAAAAUUUUGGUGAAAAUGAUAUUGAACGAACGUUGAGUGAAAAUGAAUCUGAAAUGGUUAAAUCAUUCGCUGAAAAAGUACGACCCAUUCUGGAAAGAUCUAAAUCACGAAUGGAUUCUACAUUUGAGCGAUCAACUUCGAUUAUAUCAACAUCUUCACCAAGAAAAACCCAACAAAAGCAUGAUAAAGAACUAUCAACAAGUUCAUCGUCAAAUCACAGUAAACUUUCAACUCGUGGCCAUCGUGGUUCGACGAGCAUUCAUCUAUCGAAAGAGAUUCAACGACUAAAAAGUCAAAAGGAACAAAAAGAUAAAGGCAAAUUAAUUCAAGAAGAAGUGGCACAAACUGGUUCGGUUAAAUUUACCGUUUAUGGUCGAUAUUUUCAAAAAGUCGGUGCGGGCAUCACCAUUUUCAUAUUUAUUGCCGCCAUCGUUGGUAAUGGAUUUAAUAUGGCCACAUAUUUAUGGCUAACUGAAUGGAGUAAUGAUUCAUUAGAUCCAAUCCGAAUGGCCGAUGAAUCAUUGCGUAAUUUUCGUUUAAUUAUUUAUGCGGCAUUAGGUAUUGGUGAAAUUAUAUUUACAAUAUCUUCAUCGCUUAUCCUGAGUUUAGGCUGUAUAAGGGCAGCAAAAUUAUUACAUAAUGAUAUGCUUCAAAGAAUCAUGUAUGCUCCAAUGUCAUUUUUUGACACAACACCAACUGGUCGUAUAUUGAAUAGAUUUACCAAAGAUGUUGAUGUGGCCGAUAAUUCAUUAUCGUUCAAUAUUCGUAUGACAUUGACACAAUUUUUACGAACAAUCGUUUCGUUUGCAAUGAUUAGUAUGGAAGCACCAAUCAUAUUGACUGCAUUAGUUCCCAUUUUAUUUUUGUAUUACAUUGUACAACGUCUUUAUAUUGCAUCAUCAAGACAAUUAAAACGUAUUGAAUCGAUUACUCGUUCACCGAUAUAUCAUCAUUUUACCGAAACUGUUAAUGGUAUUUCGACGAUUCGUGCAUAUGGUGUUGAGAAACAAUUUAUAACAGAAUGUGAUCGUCGUUUGGAUAUAAACAGUUCAUCUUAUUAUUGUAGCCGUGUUGCUGGACGUUGGUUAUCAAUACGUUUAGAAUUUUUCGGUUAUAAUAUUGUAUUUUUAGCUGCAUUAUUUGCCGUUCUCAGUCGUAAUGUUUUAAGUCCUGGUCUGGCUGGACUUGCCAUUAGUUAUUCAUUGAAUAUUACACAAGUGAUUAGUUUUUUUGUACGAACAUUGACCGAUGUUGAAACGAAUAUUGUUUCUGUUGAACGUAUGAUAGAAUAUACUGAAGUGGAACAGGAAAGAAAUUAUUAUCAAGAUUAUGGAAAACCUAGCCACCAAUGGCCGAAAAAAGGUGAAAUUAAAUUUGAAUCUUAUAGUACUAGAUAUCGUCAAGAUUUAGAUCUUGUUCUACGUAAAAUUCGAUUCAAGAUUAAUUCACGUGAAAAAAUUGGUGUUGUCGGUCGUACUGGUGCCGGUAAAUCUUCAUUAACAUUGGCAUUAUUUCGUAUUAUUGAACCAGUUGAUGGUACUAUUAUGAUUGAUAAUGUUGAUAUUACAAGAAUUGGAUUAUAUGAUCUACGAUCACGUAUUACGAUCAUUCCACAGGAUCCGGUUCUAUUUACAGGUGAUCUUAGAAUGAAUCUGGAUCCAUUUCAAUAUUAUGAUGAUACACAAAUAUGGCAAGCAUUAGAAUUAGCACAUUUGAAAGAAUUUGUUCAAUCAUUGGAUGGUGGAUUAACAUAUAAAAUUAGUGAAGGUGGUGAAAACAUCAGUGUUGGUCAACGACAAUUAGUUUGUUUAGCUAGAGCAUUAUUACGUAAAUCAAAAAUUCUAAUUCUAGAUGAAGCAACUGCUGCCGUCGAUAUGGAAACCGAUGAAUUGAUACAGAAAACCAUACGUAAAGAAUUCCAUGACUGUACAAUUGUUACUAUUGCACAUCGUUUGAAUACGGUGAUCGAUUAUGAUCGUAUAUUAGUACUUGAUCAAGGCCGUAUAGCUGAAUAUGAUACACCGAAAAAUCUAUUGAAUCAUCGGGAUUCAAUAUUCUAUUCGAUGGCUAAAAUAGCUAAAUUGAUUUGAGAAAUUUUUUUUUCAUAUUUUAAUAAACUAAUAAAACAAACAAACAAACAAA